CCCUCAUCGAGCUUGGUCCCAUCUGAGAAUACUUAGCACUGAUGGUUCCACGUCGGCCAGUCCUUUUCUUCAUCACUAGCAUACUUUUAAUUGUUUCGGUAUUCUGGCUUCAUCCCUUCUCAUUUUCUACCAUACCUCUGCAACACCUAGGUCAAACAUCAAAAUCGAACAUGUCAAUCACGCAUAUUGUUCUGUUCCAAUUCAAAUCAGAAGCCAGUGCCGAGGCCAUCAAUGAUGCCUGCGACCGAAUGCUUGCCCUGCGAGAUAAAUGCCUACACCCGUCAUCGCAGAAGCCAUACAUUCAGACGUCAUCAGGUGGCCGUGAUAACUCACCUGAGGGUAUCCAGGGUGGUAUUACUCAUGCCUUCGUUAUAGAAUUUGCUACUGCAGAAGAUCGUGACUACUAUGUGGCGAAGGAUCCGGCCCAUCAGGAGUUUAUUCGAAGCUUAGAUGGGCUUAUUGAAAAAGCUCAGGUCAUUGAUUUCACCAAUGGUGUUUUCUAAGGUGGAAUAGAGUGAACAGUUUGUCUAAUCUUACUCGUAUAUCGUAGGUGUUACAGUCGGCAACUAUCAAUUAAUUACCAUAUCUUUUGACAUUCGAGAA